GCCAGUCCGUCCCUCUUUUCCCGUCCUGCUUGCCCAUGACUUCCCUUCUUUUUUUUUGCCCGCACACCACCAGGAGAGUACCAGCGGUGCUCUGUCCGUGUGCGAGGCUGCAGACUUGCGCGGGUGCUGUUGGCCUCCCUAGACAUCACGGCCAACCCCGACCUCUGCUUGCUUCUUCCUCUGUUGCCCCCCCUGCCGUGCUGCUGUUGAUUCGCUUCUCUGUCGUUUUAUUCUACAUUAUAUUAUUUUAUUGUUCCCGCCGAAGCCGCAGCGUAGUGGCUGGCACUCGAGAUACCCAGUAAGCAGUUACCCGCGAACCCUCAUGUUGGAGACAGGAUGCGGAUACGGCGAUUGUACACCUUCUUCACCGUAUCCGCCCUUUUAGCGGCCGCCGGACUGGCCCGGGCCGGCUGCGCCUCGGGCGGCAUCACGUUUGCCUCGCAGUCCGACGUCGACGUUGCCAACUGCACCUUCGUGAACGGUGAUGUCGUCAUCUCGGCCACCGCCCCCGGCAACAUCACAUUCAACGACCUCAAGAGGAUAAAUGGCAGCCUCAUCGUCCAGGGCUGCGGCGAUGCCACAUGCUCCCGCAUCUCGGGCAUAUCCAGCACAAACCUGACCACCAUCAACGGGCGGCUUCAGGUCUCGUCCGUUCCCAGCCUGAAAACCAUCACCCUGCCCGGUCUGCAGCGCGUCGACCAUGACCUUUUGCUGCAGGAGCUCCCCGAGUUGAACUGGGUCAACAUGACCGGCCUCAAACGCGCCGGCAGCCUCAAGCUCUACUCGGCACCGAAGCUGAUCACGGCCCAGAUCGGGGUCAAGGGCGCCUCGUUCGACCCCAACAUCGGCCUGAAGAACAUCACGGGCAACCUCACGGGCUCCGCCGACGCCGUGGUCGAGCUGCGCAACGUCGGGCUCAGGGACCUGGACGGCAUCCUCGACUUCUGGAGCGCGCGCCGCCUGCUCAUAGACAGCCUGCCCAACCUCAACGUGCAGAUGAUCAAGUUCCUCAACGUCGACGAGAUGCGCGUCGUCGGCAACGACAACCUCACCCUGCGCUUCUGGGAGUCGAACCUGAACGAGCCAAACAGCCCCGGCCCGGUCAUCAACCGCCUCGUCGUGAGCAACAUACGGAGCCUGUCGCCCUGCCUGCAGCCAGUCGUGCACGAGUUCCUGGCCUUCAACAACUCGGCCAUGGAGUACCUGUACUUCAACUUUGACCAGCUGAACCACAUCGAGAUCCGCAACAACCCGCGCCUCAAAAAGCUCGUGUCGUGGGCGCCCCUGAACCGCUUCUGGCGCGACAUCUACAUCCACGACAACCCGCUGCUCUCCCUGAAGCGAUUCCCGGGCCCCCGCGAACCCGGGGACAAUGUGUCCGAGACCUAUUGUAGGGAUAUCGCCAAGUUGCGUCGCGACCAGUGGGCGUGGUUCCCAAACACGUUUGACAAUCUUGUCAUUGCAGCUGACAUUGACAACUCAUUCUUCAACGAAACGUUUACAAAUCUCUGGCUCAACACCACGAGUCCAAGCGAGACGAAGCCCAAAGUCGUGGACCGCUUCGAGGUCAACUCGACAAACAAGACCUUUGACUGCAGCGCCCUCGAUAUCCUCCGCACCCAGAAGGGCGCCUUCCCGGGCCGCUACUCGUGCCAGGGGCAGACGCUACCCGCCGGCAUCGCCGUGCCGAGCCUCGAGGGAUCCAUGCGCAUGGCCCUGGGCGCUGCUUUCAUGGCCGCCGUACUACUCUAUUAACGACCAAUCGGAUUGGGGGAAAAGGAAGAAAAAGCAGCAUUAUUACCCACACAUGUGUACAUUUGACAGCAUUUGCAGGUGUUUGGGAGGGAGUCGUUCUGUUCAUUGCAUCCACGGGAUUUACAUUGUUCACUAUCGUUACCCAUACUUCUUGUCUUGUUUGCCUUGGCCGCAGCGUGUUCGGUCCUCGACCGUUGUGGCACUACGGAACAUUCUUUCGCGUAGGGGAGUUGAUUGCAUAUAUACCAGUUGAGCAUGCGCCUCACAAGCUACAUUCCCAUCUCGGCGCCUUGUCCACGUUCAUGUAGCUUCUAGUUAUAACCCAAGAGUAAAUAUUUUCC